UUUUAUAAUUAGUAAUAUUGAUUCUACCUGUGAAAACAAAAUGGAAACUCUCAGCAAAAUCAUGAAAUGCGCAAUUUGGAUUGCAAUAGCAGCAGUCACCUUUGCACAUGUUGAAAAUUUCCUUCAAUCUGCGCUAGUUGAUGUCGGCGUGUUGCCGAAGAGAUACACGGCCCAAGAUUUAUGUGACGUAAGAGAAUGGCACCCCAUAUUCAUUGACAUGAUGGGAUGUGAAACAAAGGAGGAAAAACAAGUGAAACGCGAUACGCCGGGACGAAAACCCAAAAUCAAGCUGAGUGGAAAUUUUAAAAACAUGUUAAAGAAAAAGACUAUGUUGGAUCAUCUUUAUGACGUGAUCAAUGAUGGAUUUUUAUGGAUUCAGAGUUGGAUUGUCCCGAAAAAAUACAGGCUACCUUGUUUGUUCGGGGACUGUAAUAUGAACAAACAAAUUAAGAGGCAAAAAGAUAUUUUAUUGUACAAAGAUAAAAAGAAGAAACCAUCAAAGGAUCCUUUAGUGCCAACUACAUAAACUAUGUGAACUGAACAAAGCGCUCCACUGUAUUUACUGUUUGUUUCAAACAUUUUCUAGUAAUUGUUGAACACUUUGACAAACAAAUUUUUUAAAUAUUUUGUGAAUAUCCAUUUUUGCUAAGUGAAUUUUCAUUCGCUAGGUAAAUUAUCAAGUUUCGAUAAUAGUAUCAAUUCAUUAAAUUGUCACGAGCUUGGAAUUUUGUGACAGAUUUAUAUAUAUAUUAAGAUUUUAUA